CAUAGGUUGACAAAGGGCAACCGCUCGUAGUCGGUUGUGACGAUUGUGUCUGCUUUCAAAUUUCAUCAGUUGCAACACCAUGCGGCCAUUGGUGGCGCGGCAAGUUGCGGCAGUGAUGUGGCAAAAUACCUGAGCCUGACCCGGGUCGACCUACUUUCUUGUGUAAUAACGCUACUGGACCAUAUUACCUGUCAGACUCAUCAUUCUUUGGAACUCGUGGCUAUUUAUAUAAAAUGUUAACAAAUGGUGACAUUGGCUUCCAUCCCCAUCACCCUAGACUUCUUGAAAUCGCCUCCCCUUGCACGACUGAGACUUUAAGCCAUGUCUGAACUGCGUAAACGCCAGGAUCCUGGCAAGAUUGCUGAUACGGACCCUCAGAAUCAUGAUAUUCUACCCCGCAGAAGUACUUUUGUACUGUCUUCGAUGCUGUCUGGAUUCGACCGUCCCCGUCUCGUAAUCCUGAUAUUUUUUGCUGUCUUUGCGGCUUGGAUCCUAUCCCCCCAGGAAACUUCGUCACUCUCACAUUCCUACGCAGUUUGCUCCUCAUCAGGUGCUCGUAUUUACACUGUGGAUCAUGCCGUGCCACACGCACAGUGCCUUGUUGUGGAUGGGUCUUUGAUACUGGACGUUGGUUCUUUGGACGAUAUUAUGGCACGUUGGGUUGCCAGAGGUCGCCUCCGUUCUUCUCUUCAAAUACGUUAUUUGGACGAAUCUUCGAUCGUGGUUCCGGGACUUAGCGAUUCACAUGGACACAUUCUCGAAUAUGGUGCAAGUAGGCAAUUUCUUCUUGAAAAUGCCAAGACGAUCAAAGACGCAGUUGCACUCGUCCGACAAUAUAUUUUGGACAACGAUGACAUACUCAAUGACCCUUCAAAAUUUAUUGAAGGUUCGGGAUGGGACCACACUUCUUGGCCGGUGGAAGAAUGGCCAACCUCGGAUGAUCUAGAUAUGGACCCGAUAAUCCGCGGCCGGCCAGUCAUCCUACAAAGCAAGGACGGCCAUGCAUUUUGGCUCUCGAAGGAGAUUUUUGCAUUAAACUCUCCGUGGCCAUCAGAAAUAGAAGGUGGUGUCAUUAUGAAAGAUUCUUCUGGCAAUCCAAGCGGUGUUGUUCUUGACAAAGCCGAAGACCUUGUGCAGAAACCAGCUCCGACUGAACAGGACUUACUGAGACAUUUCAACGUCGCAGUCAAAGAUAUCUUGUCUCAUGGUUUAACCUCCGUCCAUGAUGCGGGGUUCAGACCUGUUUCGCUUGAGUUUUUCACAAGACAGGCGGCGGCAGGAAAUCUUCCCUUUCGAAUUUAUGGGAUGAGAUACUUCAAUGAAACCGAUCCUUACUGGGGAAACCUCUCAGAACCUAUUAUCAAUGCAGGCGAUGGCAGGCUAAAUGCUCGCAGUGUCAAGAUCUUUGCUGACGGUGCUUUACGCUCUGGUGGAGCAGCGCUCCACGAGCCGUAUCAUGACAAUCCCCACACGAAGGGUGUCAUGCGUGUGGACCCCAAAGUCUUGGCUGAUGUUGUAUACAAAUUUUUAAGAGACGGAUGGCAGGUUAACAUCCAUGCAAUUGGGGACUAUGCUAACGGUGUGGUUCUGGACGCAUUCGAGGCUGCCUUGAAGGACGUCGAUAUAACUGCACUCAGACCUCGCCUAGAACAUGCCCAAAUUCUGACGCAAACUGACUUGGAACGUGUCGGAAAGCUCGGAGUCAUUUCAAGCAUUCAACCUACGCAUGCUAUCAGCGAUAUGUGGUUUGCGGAAGAACGUCUCGGUCCUGAGCGAGUGAAGGGUUUAUAUGCCUUCCGCUCCUUACUUGAUCACGGCUCUCGACUCGCCAUUGGGUCUGACUUCCCGGUGGAAGACAUGAAUCCGCUCGCUGGGUUCCAUGCAGCCAUUACGAGACUGACUCCUGAAGGAUUAUCACCCAACGGCCCGUCGGGAUGGUUUCCAGAACAACGUCUGACUCGCAUGGAAGCCUUGAGAGGCAUGACGAUCGAUGCUGCAUAUGCUUCAUUUACCGAAGACAGCCUGGGUUCUCUUGUUCCGGGAAAACGGGCAGACUAUGUGGUGCUAUCACAAGACAUCAUGACUGUUCCUGUUGAUCAAAUUUUGAGGACCAAAGUUCAAGCUACGGUGAUCGAUGGGCGUGUCGCCUUUGGAAAGGUUUAAGACAGAAGUGGUGCAUGGAGUGGUGCUAGGGUGCAACCAAAAAUUGGCUUGGAGUUCUAUACGGACGAACUCCCUUGCUUUCCCCCAAUUAAAUACCGUUUUUGUUUUGCUUUCGAUGUUUUUUCAUGUUUUGUUUUGCUUUUCGCAUUUGUUGUGCAAUCGAUUGUGUUGGUUUAUA